GCGACAUGGCCGCGCGCGAUUACAGCGUUACGCGCGCUCGUGUUUUCCCUCAAAUCUCACGAAAUACGCCAUAUUGUUUUAUUGUCCACUAUUAUUUAUAAUUAACAAAACAUUUCCUAAACAAACACUGUGAAAAUUCAAAGUUAAAACUUCAAACAUAAACGUAUUAUGUCAAAUGGUAGAUGUCAUCAUUACCAUUAAAACGAUAAUUGUAAUAUUUUAUUUAUCUCGUUUUAUCACGAUCAACGAUUCGUUGUGGACGUGUGUAAUUUGAAAAUCAGAAAUUAUGUUUUGUAAUUAAAUAUACGUGUAUGUACGUGUGUGUGAGUGCUUCUAAAAAUAUUACAUUAAAAAAAACUGUGUUUAACCUGUGUUGUUAAUUUUAGUGCAAUGUUCUAGUGUGUACGUACUUACGUUGAAAAAGAAUGCAUUUAUAAAUUGCCAUUGUUUUAAUAUUAUUAUUUAGCAAAAUGUGUGUGAUUGUGCAGUGAUAUGAAUUAUCCUUUGUGUUUCGGAUUGUAAAAAUGGAUAAACCCUCUUUCAAGCUGGUGGGAGCCCCAUGUGGCCAGCACGGCCAGUACACCUUCUACAAGGCGCUCCGGCUGACAGGACCCUCGGAGAAGAUCAUAGCCAUAGGGGACUUCUUCUUCGUCAAGGUCUGGCAGGAUUCAGAGCUCGUGUCCAUAGGCGAGCUCCAACUGCUAUGGACAGACCGUGUCUCCGACCAGACCCUGGUCAGUCUGCGGCUGUACUUCAUGCCGGAGAACACGCCUGAAGGCAGGGGUCUACAUGGCGAGGACGAGGUGCUAGCCAUCAACGACAAGGUGGUCCUCCGAGCCGAAGACCUCCUGACCUGGAUGUGUGUGGGCACGGAGUGGCGCUGGGGGCUCCGCGCAGUGUGGCGUGGUGCCUGCGCCCCUCCCGCCGACAUGCCGCGCCAUGCUCCCCUGGCACAUAGCAAACUGGACUUCAGCGAUGUUGACAAUGAGAAGAGUACCAUUGAAGUGGACGCCGAAGCUCCAGGAGUGGUGGUCUUCUCCUACCCUCGCUACUGCCGGUACAGGGCUCUCAUAGCUCGGUUAGAGGGCAUCCAGGCGACCUGGCUGAGGGACUCCUUGGUAGCUGCCCUCGGCGGGUAUGCUGCACCCACAAAGAAUACCAGGAUUUUAUAUUGCAAGGACACAUUCGAAUACCCAGAACUGGAAGGUCAUGAGUUUGUCUGCAAUCACCUGGCGCCUCGUCUAAAAGGUCGGCCUCGGGGGCGCCGGCGCCGGGCAACCACGCCUGAUGACAGAGAUCAUGAUCCUACGUCCGAUAGGUCGGACUCUGAUGACCAGAGACCUAACACUGCUUCAGAUCCACCGACCCCUCGUCGCCUGUCCCUCCGAAACGGCGGCGGUCCUCAAAGUGAGGAAGAAGAUGAGGAGUACAGACGAGUGGAACAUAGUCCUGAAGACCUCGCCUUCCUUCACCAGCUCAAGACAUUCUAUAAAAGCCGCUGUGAAACCUUCAAGAAUGAUCGUAGCUUGAAGAAUUGGUCCCUCCGCGCGCUGUACGCGGCCGUGGCGGCCCGCGGCGGGUACGAGGCAGUGUGUCGCCUGCGGCUGUGGAGGGAACUCGCCAGGGAGCAACCCGCGCGGACACGGAGACAUUACGAGAGGUUCCUCCUCCCCUUCGAGAACCACGAGCGAAACAACGGCAUCUCCCUCUCUUACAAACAAAAUGGCCAACUAGACGAACCACACACCAUCGCCACCAUUGACGUCACCGACUCCCCCCUCAGAGACGAUGACGUCAAGAUACUUCGCACCCCUUCCCCCAAAGUGGAACACGACAACAUCGGAAAACAGGACAUAGACUGCGAGACAGGCGAAAUAAAUUCCAAAGACGAUAUAAUAGUCAAAAACGCUGAAGAAUUGAAUCGCGAAUUUCUUGAUUCGUUGCCUAAAGAAGAAAAGUUGGUGAAGAUAUCAGUCAAGCCGGUCGAGAAGUUGAUAGAGCCCUCGGUGAAGGUGUCCGAGGGGGAGGGGCAGAAGGAGGGGAAGGACUUUAGCCAGAACUACUUGAAUGACUUACAGAAAUAUAGUAUGGGGGCGGACAUGUCCCGCGCGGCGCCACUGAACGGUCACGCCGGGCCUGCUCCUACCGACUUGAAGGUAUCCCGUCCAGCAGGCCGUAGUUCCCUGCGCGCCGUCCGAGUCAAACCGACCAGACCUCACACACACGCGCCCGCGCAUACACCGCCAGUUCCCCCGUCGAGUGAGAACAUGUCCGCGGGCGCAGGGCGCGGUCCGAGGACUAACUUCGGUAUACAACACCCACACACUAACUCUGUGCAGGAUGAUGAUAUCGUCGAGGUCCCAUACAAACCGAAGACGCCAGAAAUCAUCGAUUUAGACGAAUACCCGGAGAGUCCCCAAGCUGUGAAGAAGAAGAAACUGGACAUACUCAAGGAAAGGGGCCUAGAGGUCACUGCCCUCCCCCCCUGGCAAGGGGUCGACCCCCACAUGAUGCCCCCUCCCAUCAUACUCAACCCCACUGUACAACAUCAGAUCAUGACGCAAGCACAACUGUUUCAUAUGUACAAUAUUAUACCAAACUACGCCAACGGGGUCCAACCCCCAAAGGUGAUCCAAGCGUCCUCAAUAUUCGGUAACACGGGGCCUGAGAAAACUGUGUACGGGAACCCCAAAGACCCCUUCAUGCCGCCCCCUCAUGUCUUACACGGAGCCCCCGUCAAACCUCUAAGAGCACCCCCCACCCAACCAACCCCCCAAGACAUCCUAGACCUGACUUGCAAAUCCACAAGCCCGUCACCUCCAAAGCCAGCCGUGGAGAUUGUAAGAGUCCCCCCAUCCCCAUCUCCAAACCACACCCCGCAAAAUCUAACGAAAAACUACACUUUGGUCGACGGCAAAGCGGUUGUAGGAUCCAAUUUAGAAAUCACUUUAGUGAAUAAAGCGUCAAGUCCUAGCAAGAACAGACCGCCGCAGAAGCGGUCGAGUAAUGGCAAGUUCAUGUCUGCUAAGACUCCAACGCCACCUAAGGAGAGCUAUCCUAAAUAUACGCCCCCUAGUAGUACAAAGAAAGCAGCCAUCAACAUACCCAGUUACCAAGUCAGGGAUGACUCGCCCACAGGCCAUUCUCACAAUCAGAAUCAUAACUUGGCCCAGCUAACGGAGUUACAGAAGAAUUCAGUUCCAAUGUCGUCUUUUAUGGAGCCCUAUAUGGCCCUCUAUAGUAGCUUGGGGCCUAUGGAUCAGCGCCAGCUCGCGUAUCUAAUGAGUAACCAGCUUCGAUACCCGAGUCUGUUAAAUCUAGGUGUCGCUACCCCUACAACGAAGAAUUGAGUCUAGUCCUAGGUUAACGAGGUGACUUACUGAUAGAUAUUACACUUUAAGUGGCGGCGCGUUAAGGUAUACUUGAUUUUGUACUUUAUUUCUUAAGGGAUUGAGUUCAAUGCGCUUAAUCAUGUUCAGUUCAGUUGCAAUGUCCUACUCCACAUACAUACAUACAUACAUACAUACAUACAUACAUACAUACAUACUUGUAAACAACACUAUAUUCUUUGUUUCCGAGUUUCUCGCCAACAGACGAGCAGUAAGACCGACGUUUUAAGUAUACCUUAACGUGCACACCGACUGGAUAAACAAUUGGCAUUUUUGGGGACAUUUUUGACUUUUUGUAUACGAAUAUUUUUGACUGUUAAUUUACUUUAGGGGGUUGCCGCAACGCUCCAAGUAUUGUAAAGAAUAGUUAUUUCAAAAUCCCCUAUUAGACGAAACUGCCAUUUUUGAUAUAGAGAAAAGACUAAAGUUGACUAAAUAUAUGAUAAACAAGUAAUACAUAAACAUUUGUUACAUGGUUUCAAAUUGUACCAAUCAAGCGCUGUCCAUAAUGGAGGUAGUCGUGGAAACAAUUAGAUUAUAUUGUAUGGUCAUCGAGAUUAAGAGUGUGUACCAAAUAUCAGAUCGAUCUGUCGCCAAGAAGGGGGUGACAUUACAAUUACUACAGACCCAGACAAACACACGGGGCAAGCUAAAUGAAACCGUUU